AUGUCUUCGAGAAUCUCACCUUUAGACUUAUUAAACAAAACAACGAAGCCAUACAUAAAUGUAUGUGCACCCAUGGUGAGAUAUAGUAAAUUGCCAUUCAGAGAGUUAAUUAUGAAUUAUAAAGUAGAUUUAACAUACACACCAAUGAUCUUGGCCAAAGAAUUUAAAAAUUCUCAGGUAGCCCGAGAUUUUGAAUUCACCACAAACAAGAAUGAUACACCAGUAAUUAUACAAUUUGCAAGUAAUGAUAACGUGGAAUUAUUGAAAGCCUUGGAAUUGGUUGUUGGAUAUGUGGAUGGGGUUGAUAUAAAUUGUGGAUGUCCACAGAAAUGGGCAAUAAACGAAGGUAUUGGAGCUCAUUUAAUGGAAGAACCAGAAAUUGUCAGAGAUAUGAUUAGAACGAUUAAAGGUAGUGGAUUGAAUAUACCGAUUUCUAUAAAGAUUAGAAUUCAUAAUGAUUUAAAAAAAACUCACGAAUUUGUAAAACGUGCGGAAGUCGCUGGAUUAGAUUUCAUAACUGUCCAUGGUAGAACGCGUCGUGCAAAAUCAUCUUCACCCGUCAAUGUUAUGGCAAUAAAAUUAUGUAAAGAAUCAAUAAAUAUUCCAUUAAUAGCUAAUGGUGAUGUGUUUUCAUUAAAAGAUGCAGAUAAAUUAUACGAGGUUACCAAGUGUGAUGGAGUUAUGAGUGCAAGAGGUUUAUUAAAGAAUCCUACACUUUUCACGGGACUUGAAUAUACAUCUUGGAAUUGUAUAGAGAAAUUUGUUAAACUUUCUAUUGCUUAUGGAACAAAUCAUUUCAUUUUUCAUCAUCAUUUGAUGUAUAUGUUCGAAGAAGUUAUGAGUAAUGCCGAGAGAAAAACUUUUAAUACAUUAACAAGUAUUCCAGCUAUCAUCGAUCACUUGGAAGAAAAUUAUGGUUUACAAAUAUAA